AUGAACGGCGAAAUUUUCUUACACGCGCCAACAACCACCACCGCCACCACCACUACUAACUUUUUGCUUCCAAAGCCCGAAACGAAGUCGUCAGAGAAGCUACGCUACGAAACGGCGUUGGAAGGAAUCGCCGCGGUCGUAGGAGAACAUGUCCUCUUCGGAACGACAUCUUCGUCGCAUGUUUCGGAGACUCCGAAGAAGACAUUGGUGGGCAAGAGCUACCGAGGAGUGCGGAAGCGACCUUGGGGGAGGUGGUCGGCGGAGAUACGCGACCGCAUCGGGCGGUGCCGCCAUUGGCUGGGGACCUUCGACACCGCGGAGGAGGCGGCGCGUGCGUACGACGCGGCGGCGAGGCGCCUGAGGGGGGCGAAGGCGAGAACCAACUUCCAGAUACCAUCGGUGUUGCCACUUUCUCCGGAAGGGGUUCAUGGUGGUGCCGUGAAGCCGAAAACCGCGCGUAACAACGCUAGGAAGUGUUCUUCUGUGGAACAAUUGUUCAGUGGGGUGCCUCAACUUCGAAAAGAUGAUGGUAUCGGUGAGAAUGGGAAUGUGGAGGUGGAUUUGAAGCUUGGUGUGAACUUUGGCUUUUACAAACACUAG